GGGGCAGAAGGAGCAAAAUAGAACACAAGCAAGUUAAAACCGGUUUCACAAUAGUUUCACCAGAGACUUCAAUAAAGUAAACAAGGAUGGAGAAUUCUGGGUGAGAUACCUUUUAAUUCAACUAUUUUAUGGUCUAUUUGGCUCUAUUUCUUAUGCAAGGCGAUUCGUUUCCCUGAAAAGGUUUAUCUUCCUCAAAUAACUAAAUUCAUACUAGUCUGCAGGAUGACUGUAAAUUAAUAGUUUGUAUAAUAAGUAUAUAAACAAAGUAUACAAGUAUAUAAAGUAUAUAAGUAUACAAACAAAGUAUACAGAAGUCAGCAUCUUUAAGUGCUUUAUUUAACUAAUACAUUUUCAGGGGAGAACAUUGGACUUCUGUGAUUUGCCUCCUCUAAAAUGUAUGCAUGUAAAAUAAUUUGUACAACAGUAUAUGAUGGAAUUACAUUAGAAGAAUGAUGUAAGUUGCUUGUGGUGUGCGUAGGUAAAAAUUCAAUGUUUGUGCGUCAGUAGCCCACCAGUUUGCGGUGUGAGAGAAUGAGUUCUUGUGUGUGAUUCAAAGUCUGUAAUGCACUCGAUAUGGUUCCUUAUUAGAAUUGAUUUUUUUCUGUUCGUGUCACGUCAAUCGUCGUCAGCAGACCAUUGUAUAAGUUUUCGGUGAAUUAAUAAUAUUGAGUGCGAAACUCAACUAAAAAGUUACUUAAUAGUCAGGCUGUGCGUUUAGUAAGCGUUUGUUGUUUUCUGUAUUGAAGGAUAAAACGACAUACUGCUUAAAUUAAGUGUAUCAUUCGGUACAAAUGCAUGUCAGGACUGUUAUUCCACUGUUAAAAACGUAACAGUAGGUAGUGCUCAUUAAAUAUUCGCUUCGCCGAGACACCGACCAAUCAGAGGCCGUUUGGGUUUUGAUGGGCGGGGCAGUCAUGGCACCAAUGGCACGCAUGCGUCGUAAUCAGGAGCCGGCCGGUUUAGUGAAGUUCUCCCUCAAAGUAAACGAUUAGCCAUUCGAGUGAGUAGACCGCACACGACACUGGAGAUAGUAGAGGCUCAGGUGUAUCAUUACCGCAGAUUAUACCGACGGGAAGAGGGAUUUACCGCUCGAAUUUAACCGCAUCCUGGUGGAAAAGUCCGAUAAGACGAAGUAGUGAAAGGUCUUACGUCAACGUUUUGGACAAAUACGAUACUAGCUAACCGCAGGAUUCAGACGUUUGAUAUCAGUCUGUGUCUCCAAACCGCUCAAGACCUGAGGAAGGUAAGAUCAGGACACAUGUGAUAUUUUGAUGAAGUCUAUUUGAGUCAAUUCUGGCAGCACCUGCUCAGUAUCACGUCUCAGCAGUCCUGUACAACUAUUGUGCUUCCGGUACUAUGAGCCGGUAAACAAGUUCAGACAUUGAUGUGACUGGUUAUGUCGAUGGUUAGGGUUAAACAACAUCCUAUCUAUUUUUUGUUUUUCAAAUAACAAAAAUGUUAUUCGUUUGUCAACUUUAAAGGUGCAUUUCAAACAUCAUAAUGUCAUGAAAAAGUUGUUUUGUUUUACAUAAUAUCAUUCAAGAAGUUCUAUUCUGAUAUAAUUGUGUGUAAAGUGAACUAUUUCCAUCCCUUUCUGAUUUCACUUUUGAAGAUUUUUCCAGAUCUCAUAUUAUUAGAAUUUCUUGAUAUCAUUUUUAGAAGGAUUUGAAUCUAGAAUCUAAAAAGAAAGAUGUGUUCAUACUGCAGUGAUGGGAGGGCACUGAUCAGCCUAUAGCACUGUAAAGGUGACAGUGAUGCCCAUUGGUUGCUUGGAUUGCAGCCCACAGAUGUGCUGAAUUCUGGGCUCAGGUUUCCAAUCAAGUCUGAAAAGUUUGCUGAUCAAUCGAGCAGAAUAUUGCCAUCAGCAGAAAUAUUUGGCAGUAGUUUUGGCACUGUGAGUAGGUAUAUCCACAGAGUUUAUUAGCAGAUAGAAGCUCUGAAAUCUCUAGAAAGACAGCUGUGUUUUCUUGGGACUUGAUAAAACACAGUUAACCAACACCGGCAGAUGGCAUAGGACCCCAGAUCACCACAGACUGCUGAAACUUCACUCUGGAUUUCAAAUGCCUUAGAUUUUUGCCUCGCUGCUAGCCUUAAAAGACGUGUAUUAACAGACGUAAGAAGAAACCAGAGGUCUUUGGUUGCAAAGUUUAUGUCAGGGUUUCUAAAAACAGCCUGUUUUGCUUGAAGAACUUGAAGGAACCAUCAUAAACUUCACUUCACUUCAACUUUGUUAUGUCCCAAAAUAGGCAAAUCAUAAUGCAGCAGGCACAGGCAUUGAAAACACUGCCAUACAUCAUAAAAGAAAAUAAGAGAAAAUACAUUUACAUAAAAAAUCAAUUCAGAGGGUAAAAAGCAUUGGACUGUUUAGAAGGUUAAAAAAAGCAUAUGUCAGUCAUACUGGUAUUUUUGCAUGAGCAGAGUGCAUAAAAUGCAGAAACAAAGUGCAAUGUGCGGUUUGUGUACCGAAAAAGAAACCCUAGAUCAAGAUUGAUCCUUCCAAGAUCAGCACGAUCAGGCCCAUUAGACCUAGAGCCAAUACCCCUACUCCAUAUAGCAAGACCACAAUAAUUCAGUACCAUACAUCAUAAUAAUAAUAAUAAUAAUAAUAAUAUACACCAUCCAGUAUCAGUAGCAGUUAUCUCCUCCUGCAGGAAUCAUUUAGGGCUCUUAGAGAGCCUGGGAUGAAGAAAUUUUUAUACCUGUUUUUUUGUGGCUGUAGGAACUCGCAGCCGAUGGCCAGAAGGUAACAGAUUGUAUUCUGAGCUGAGAGGAUGGUCACUAUGAGACUGUAUGGACGCAGCUUUUUUAAGAACCUGCUUGUUAAAAAUAUGAUUCAAGCUAGUAAACGGCAGGCCUGCAUUCUUACUUUCCACCUUUACAAUCUUGUCAAGGGCAUGUUUCUCUCCGGUCCCCAGAUUGCUGUACCAACAAAUAAUACAAAAAAUUUACGACUGAUUCAAUAAAAGCAGAAUAAAACAGCGACAUCAGGGACUUAUCAAUUUGAAAUUUGGCGAGCUUUCUUAAACAAAAAAGUCAUAAUAUAGUUUGUUAUUCAAAUGUUUUGUCUAUAAUUUACUGAUCUACUUUGUGUCCGCUCUCUUUUCUGCAUAGUAAUGCUACCAUGUACGCUCUCUGUGGGCUCAGAAUCUUGUUUACUCAUGAUGCCACGAUAAAUCAAAGUCAGUCAAUCAUGGGUUCAGACUCACGUGAAGUUCAUUCGGUCGAGUGACACACGCCUGACUCAUCCUAAUGUGCAGCACACUGAUCUUUAGUAGCUAAAUGAAGAGCAGCGUGUUGUGUGUCGGGUGAUCACAAAUUGGAAACACACAGUUUCAGUCAGGUGAUGUGACUAUUUUAGACUGCUGGGUGUGUGUUCAAACAUCCACAGCUUGAUACAGACACCAGGAUUGUGCACAUGCUCAUUCGUCAUCACCUCUCUCUCUCUUUCUAGGUGUGCAGGAGUUUCACAUCAGACGGUGGCAGAGUAGAGACGAAGAGGAGCUGUUUUUGCUGUGAAUCACUGUUCAUUGUCCGGCUCAAGUAUGGAGCUGUCUCUGGUGAGUUUUCCAGCUAUUUACUUUCGAUUUCCUGUUGGCAGUGAGAACUUAAUGAGCUCUGAGCAGUGGACGGAUCAAACUGGAGGUCAGGGCAUCGUGUCUCAGAGAUAACACCAGUCUGACAUACUCCUGACCCCUUUUACCGUCCUGUCGGACAUGACAUGCAGAGGAGGCUGUAGGGCUGCAGAGGAAAUGUGGCGAGACCGUUAUCUGACAUUAUAUAACAGCUGAAUUUACAAGCAUCUGUAAAACUGAUGGAAAAACGUUGCAUAGUUUGUACACAGAAUCUUCCUGUGUUAGCACAGCUUUGCAGACUGUGUGGCUCCAUCUCUAACUCCACCUCUCCUGCCCUCCUCACCAGGCUCAUCCAGCGAUCAAAGCCUUCAUGUGCGGCUCUUUCAGCGGGACUUGCUCCACGCUGCUUUUCCAGCCUCUCGACCUUGUCAAGACCCGCCUUCAGACCCUGCAGAGCAGCAUGCAGCCUGGGUGAGUUUAAGUACACAGACAUAAACACAUUUUGAUUUGAUCUGCAACAUAAUGUCACAUUAAUUUAGACUGAGCUGAUUUCUCUGUGGACUAAUGUGAAUAUUCUUCUUCCAGUUCAAGCAGAGUGGGGAUGGUGACUGUGCUGCUGAGCGUGGUGCGAACAGAGAGGCUGCUGGGACUUUGGAAAGGGAUCUCACCGGUUAGGAAACAAUCUCUCCUCUUUAAAAGUAUCAAAAAUGAUCUUCAGAUUUUUCCUCCUCUGACUCACGUCUCUCUCCUUCAGUCUUUUGUCCGGACCAUCCCUGGAGUGGGGAUCUACUUCAGCACCUACUACUCUCUGAAGCAGCACUUCUUCCAGGACAGCAGCCCAGGGCCGCUGCAGGCCGUGCUGCUGGGAGGAGGGGCCCGCACGUUGGCGGGGGUCAUCAUGCUGCCCGUCACUGUCAUCAAGACACGCUAUGAAGUAAGUGUGAGAUGACAAAGAUUAACUCUGAAUUUGGUUUUUCUCAUAGAUUUAAAACUUGGACAAGCACCCAGAGUGACACUUUUAUGAGCUUUUAACCAUUCUUUAGCAUCUUUUUGUGACUAUUUAAACUCUUAGUCCACUGAUUAUACAAACUACACCAAAUAUUUAUUCACCAAAUAUCUAUCUGAGUGAAAAGUAAUGACCUCUUCAUGAAUGAACCAAACUGAUUGUGUGUGAUGUUGUGUGUUAGUGUGGCAGGUACAGUUAUGGCAGUGUGAGCGGAGCUCUGCGCAGCGUGUGUAAGACUGAAGGUCCCGCAGCUCUGUUCUCGGGUUUGACGGCCACUCUGCUCCGAGACGUUCCUUUCUCUGGGAUCUACGUCAUGUUCUACAGUCAGGCCAAGGCCUCGCUACCCCAAGGUGAGAGGAGAUACACAGAGCAUUCUAGCUAUGUUUGUCAAACGGUUUCUAAAGAGCUGAUGUUGACUGAAGUGCUUCCUCUUACAUUUGCUGAAUAUCUUCCUGUCAGAAAUCCGCUCGUCUGCGUCAGCUCCUCUGGCUAACUUCAGCUGCGGCAUCCUGGCGGGUAUUCUGGCCUCUCUGAUCACUCAGCCGGCUGAUGUUGUUAAAACUCACGUCCAGGUGAAUCCACAGCUGAGGACAAUGGAAGCUGUCAGAUACAUUCACAUGGUAACUAUCUCUCCCUGUUGGACGACUCUUCUAAUAUGUUUCCAUCAGUCUUUCAAGAAGCUUCUGCAUAUACCUGCUGUUCCUCCUCUUACAACUCGUCUUCUCCCUUGCAGGAACACGGGCUGCAGGGCUUCUUCAUGGGGGCGGUUCCUCGGGCAUUGAGGAGGACCAUGAUGGCUGCCAUGGCGUGGACGGUCUAUGAGCAGAUGAUGGCUCAAGUUGGACUGAAGUCAUGAAGUGGAGGGCCAAAAGGAAGCUUGAGGAAGACGUCAAGUGACAGAGUGAAGAUAAGACUGAGUUAAGGUUAAAGAAGAGCCACGGUGGACGUGUUCCUCCGAGGACUUUCAGUGACUGAAACGAUUUCAGACUGACGAGUGAAGAAAGCUUGAACUUGUUGUCUAAAAUGACUAACACGCACAAAACAGAAGAGUUAUGGGUAAGUGGCUCCAUGAAAUGUGCUCAGCUGAGACACUGCGGACUUUAAGGAACGAGACUUUGCUCCUCCUGACUGUGCUUGUUCUGAACUUGUGCUCGCUUCCUGAAUCUUGUGGAUUCAACGAGAUCUCCACCAAGGUGUUUUAUCUGUGGAUAUAUAAACUGUCCAUACCUGUGUCGGGAGAAUAAGAUGAGUCUUUAUAAUGAGUGGAAAAGUUGAGGAAAUAGAGGUUACUGUCCAAAAAGAGGAUUCUUAAAAAAAUGAUGAGCAGCUUUGCGAUUUGAUGAAAUAUAGAGGAGACACAGGAAGUAUUAUUUGAGUGAAGUCUUCUGCCCUCUGGAAAUUGAAUCACAAUCAAGCAACGUUCAAUUGCAGCACAAUUAUCGUCUACUAGGCACACAAAAAGCUGUCUGGAAAGUCACCGGUGCUGCUGAACAUUUGAAUUUUUCUGAUCUCUCAAGGUUGAUUCAUCUCCAGCUUGGUCUGGGAUGUUUCUAGCAGAGAAUCAGACACUUUUUUUUAACACUUUUUAAAUAGGAGAAAAUGACCAUGCCUGCCAAUUUGUGUGAAAUGGAGAUGAAAAGACAGGUUUGCAUCAAUGCUCUUGCACUAAAAGCUGUUUUUUUAUAUGGUUUUUUUUUAACGCACAUGAAGACUCAGUCAUUCAGGUUGAUGUGGAAAACCUUGUAUCUUUGUAUUUCUUUUGUCUGGGAUCUCUAGAGUCUGCAGUUUUGCAAUCUGUCAUGACUCAAGACUUUGUCCCACAUACAGCUCAGACUUUGAUUUGCACUUUAACCCCGACAGGUCCGUCAACGCACAAAUUAACACCUGGAGAGGCUCUGAAACGCCUUCCUAUUAACACUGAUAUUUAUAUGCUUUUAGUAAUGUGAACAAGUUCAUCAAUGCCAUUAUGAGUUUUGUAACAUUUGUCAGUAUUUCUGUGCCAAACGCAUAAACUGUUGAAAUAGUUUAGCCUUUUCAGAAAGAUUAAACACUAAUUAUGUGAUAUGU